AUGAUCACAAUGAGAACAAACGUUUUGCUAUUACUUUUGUUGUUGCCUAUGAUUAUGUCUGAUGUUUCUGACGCCUCCUUUGUUCUGAAACUCCGAAAGUUGAUUGCUCCUGAUCCAAACGACACUAAAACAAAGGAUCCAAACCCUGUUGGUGAAAUGAACAAGGUCAAUAGGGGUGGUCCUGUUUCCCCAGUUCCACAACCACAACCUUUACCCAAAGUGGUGAAUGCUGAUGAUAAGCACACUUACCCAGUUCCUCCUUCGAGUGUACCUCCUCUACCGGUAAAGGAUGAUAAGAGUGGUAACAAAGUUAAGAAUAAAGAGAAAGAGACAAAUGAGGGAAAACUUUCACAUUCUACCACCACUAAGACUUGUGAGGGUUUCAACACGUGCACAGAUGAUGGGGACAUGCUUGCCUGCAUUUCAAAAAAUGAUCCCAAAUACUUGGUUGUUCUUCUUCACAACAAAGGAGAUGGCAUCAUCAAAGUGAAGCUUCGCACUGAUUUUGAGAAUAACCUUGGAGAUGUAGAAGUUGACAAAAGUAAAACAGAAGAGAUCAACAUCACACGAAGUAGCGGUGAAAGUACCCAACUGACUUUGAAUGCUGGAAAAGGGGAUUGUGUGCUUCACCUGCUUACUCAUAUACCUGAAAACAACUUUUUUCUUCAUCUUCCUUCUUAUGACAAAAUUUUAACACCAGUAAAUGGUGCCUAUUUCCUCAUAUUGAUGGUCCUAAUCUUUGGAGCAACAUGGGCUUGCUGCGCUUGCAGGAAGAAACGUCAAGAUGAGAUUCCAUAUCAAGAGCUUGAAAUGGCACUUCCUGAGUCUGCUUCAGCUACCAAUGUGGAAUCUGCCCAAGGUUGGGACCAGGACUGGGAUGAUGAUUGGGAUGACAAUGUGGCAGUGAAGUCACCGGCAGCACUUGCUGCAAGCAUAUCGGCGAAUGGCCUCACUUCUAGGUCAUCAAACAAAGAUGGAUGGGAGAAUAACUGGGAUGAUUAG